AUGACGCUCCUGCUCGCACUGCAAAUGCGUCUCACUAAUGUCUACACUAUCACAAUUCCAGCCGUUGACCGCUACUCUGAGCUCAUCGGCCUUUCAUUCCCUAAUGAUACCGAUUUCAUCCAGUUCCAGUUCAAACCCCUGAACGCCGAUUAUGAGAAGCUGCAUCAGGAUGAACUUCUCACAGUACCACAGAUUCGUCAGUCAGAGAUCACCACCGACCAAAACUGCAAUGAGUUAAACUCAACCCUUCAAUCCAAGAUAUCGGAAAUUUCCCACUUGGAUUUUACCCAGAGAAUGUGUCUCAACAAUCUCUCUGCGCUCAACUUUAAUCUCUCCGAUCUUAAACGAAGGCACAGCGAUCUCGGUCACCAGUUCACUGAGAUGGAAACGAAGUACAGAUCUGUCAACGAAACCAAGGCUCAAAUCUGUGAAUUGUUGACCAGCAGAAAAGAGCAGACAUGUCCUCCGAACUGGAUCGAAAACGAGAAUCGGUGUUAUUUCAUAUCUUCCUUGGAGAAGCCUUAUAAUGGAGCGAGGGAACACUGUUCGAACCUUGAUGCAAGGCUCCUCGAAAUAAAUUCACCCGAGGAAGAGGAUUUUGUGUCCAUCUCUAUCGUCACUCGAUUCAGAACUUACUGGAUUGGAAAAUGCAGAGACGGGACUGUGUCCCCUGAUCUUCUGUACAAGAUGUUCUUUAAAUGGCACACCUGCAGAGAAUGCAACUUGCAUUCACAGAGCUACAGUUGUAACAGUACAUACAGAUUCAUCUGUAAAAAGUCGGCACGUUUAUACCAGGAUAUUCCUGAAGAGGUCAAAGCUGCGCAUGAACAGGAGCCGAGACAUAGACCGUGCCGUAAGAUCUGCCUACUCUGCCUCGUUACGUCCGUUUUCGUCGCGAUCGUUGCCGGGCUCUCGAUCCAUGUGUUACAGAUCCGUCAGUCUCUGCUCGCCUCUGACCAAAAGUACCUGAGACUUUGGGAGCAACAUCAGGAGAUGAACAGGACCCAGUGCCAGUGUCCAGUACAAAUCCACGAACCGAACUCAACCCUGGAAUCCAUGACAUCAGAGAAUUCCGGCUUGGAUCUCUCCCAGAGCACCUGUCUAAAGAACGUUUCCGUCCCAAGUAACAACGUCUCCAUCCUCGAACAUACAUUGUUUAUCCUCGAAAGAAACAUCUCCAUCCUUGAAAACAAAUUGUUCGUCCUGGAAAGCAACCUCUCGGUCAUGAGCACCGAUCUCUCUGAUCAGCAUCAAAUGCAAACCGAUCUCCGUCACAACUUCAGUCACCUCGAACUGAAGUGUAGAACUCUCAACGAAACCAAGGCUAAAAUCUGCCAGCUGCUGAGCAGCAGAAAAGAGAAAACGUGUUCCAAGGACUGGAUCGGAAUUGAAAGUCUGUGUUAUUUCAUUUCCACGUUUGAAAGUUCUUACGAGGGGGCGAAGAAACUCUGUUCUAUCGCUGAGUCAGAGCUUCUUGAAAUAAAUACAAACGAGGAAGAGAACUUUGUUAACAAUGCUGUCCUCGGUGAAGAAAGUUCAUACUGGAUUGGAACAUGCAAAGCGGGGAAAGUGGCCUCUAACGUCGUGUACAAGGUGACCUCUGGAAAGUUCGAAUGCAGUGAAUGUAAAUCCAGUUGGCUUGGCAGUUGCACAAAUGAUCAGCACCGUUUCAUCUGUGAGAAGCCUGCAUCUUUGUUCCCGGAUAUUCCUGAAAAGAUCCGGGAUCUCUGUCGAAAUGCCAUGGAGGGGACUUAAAUCUAGUGACAUCAUUCUCUUACCCUAUUUCUAUCUCUCUCCCAGACUUUGACAAACCCAUCCUCUCUUCCCGUCGGCCCUGCCCUGUUACUCUCUCUCUCUACCUGUGGCACUGUAACUCGGCAUCUCGCUCUCUCUUUCCACUCUUACAUCCAAACUCGCUUUCUCAUAUCUCCACCCCUGCCAUCUCCUUCUAUUUCAUCCCCAUUCUGUCUUCCCACACAUUCUUGACGCCGCUCCCAGUAUCAGACUGAAAAGGAUGUUUUCCACCUGACUCAUUAUCUGUGUCGUUUCCGCCCUGAGCUUUGUAUCUUUGCAUGAUUAGUAUGUCGCAAUAAUGCGAAAUUAAUGUAAGAUGCAAAAAGAUAAUAAAUACUGC